CCAGCUGGUGGAAACUUGCUACAACCGCCGGAGGCGGACAAAGAAGUUAUGUUUGAAAACAUUUUUAGCACUUUGUCAGGUCAUCCCUAUUCCUAAAAUCGUAUACCAAACCGUUUAUUGAUUGCAUGGCGUCAUGGUUAAAUGGACGGAAGAGGAGCGCUGCAUCAUCAGGGGAGUUUGGGAAAAAGUUGAUAUUGAUGAGGUUGGAGCACAGCUAUGGGCAAGAGCUUUGAUUGUUUACCCCUGGAUCGAGCGGUAUUUCGGCACUUUUGGGGACACAUUCACCACCACAGCGAUUUUAAACAACCCUAAACUGGCCGCUCUUGGAAAGAUCGUGCUGGCGGCUCUGGACACGGCCGUGAAGAACAUGGACAACUUCAAAGGGGCGUAUGCUUCUUUGAGCAGGGUGCACUACGAGAAAAUCAAAGUGGAUCCGGAACACUUCAGACUGUUGGCAGAAUGCAUUACCAUUGCCAUCGCCUGCAAACUCAAAGCUGAGCUGAGCCCACAGGUCCAGUCAACCUGGCAGAAGUUCCUCUCUGCUGUCGUGGAUUCAAUGAGCACUUAUCUCAUCUAAGCUGUAACACAUCGCUUGGAAGGCUUCCAAACGGAGAUAUCUCAGAGGUAUCUCUGCCAUGCCCAUACCGUGUUUGUUUUCUAUAAAAACCCCCACCACUUGUUGCUGAUCACGGCAUUC